GUCAGUUAUGUCAUGGCUAAAAGUGAGGUUAUGGUCUAUUGUUUUCGUCUGAAAAUUACUUAAAUUCAAUUAAAUUGAAUAAUCUUAAAUUGUUACAGUAAGAAUUAUGUCUAUUAGAAUAUUACAACAAUUGAGGCACAGUUAUUUGGCAUAUGGUGGAGUGCGCCCCAAAUUGAAUUGCGUGGAACUCAACAAUUAUUUGAGUCAAGCUACAACAGCAUUAGGAAUUUCGACUAUAGUACUAGGAAUUGAAAAUGCUGAUUUAAAAACAAAACUCGACGAAAACAUCACAACUACAUCAGGAGUUGUUACAAAAACAACUUCUUUAGUGACUGCUACAACAACAAAAAUUACAACAACAACAACAACAGAAACUCCUCCAGACAUGUCUAAAUAUCGCCUGCCAGGGAACGCCAUACCAACCAUUUACGACCUCUACCUUUAUCCUGACUUGAGAACAGGACUUUUCAAAGGACGAGUUACCGCUGAAACAAAUAUUGUUGAGACGACGAAUGAAGUUGCAAUGCAUAACAAUAAAUUAAAUGUGAGUCAAGUUUUGAUCAAUGAUCAACCAGGAACUUUUGAAUUGGAUAAAAAAUAUGAACUUCUCACUGUGAAAAAAUUAGACGGAACACAGUUUGUGAAGGGUAGUUCUGUUAACAUAACUGUUGAUUUUGAUGGGGAUAUGAAGAACCGAAUUGUGGGGUUGUACACGAGUUCGUACACGAAUCCAGCAGGACAACAAAGAUACAUGGCCACCUCAAAAUUCGAACCUACCUACGCUCGUCAAGCCUUCCCUUGUUUCGACGAACCCAACUUAAAAGCCAGUUACAAGGUUCAUCUUUUAAAACCCAACGAUCCUGAAUACAUAGCUUUAUCCAACAAUCCACAACAUAGUGAAGAAAUCGUUCCUGAAGGUGUUAUGGUACAUUUCAAUGAAACAGUACCAAUGUCCACUUAUCUAUCAUGUUUUAUCGUGUCAGAUUUUCAAUACACAAAUACAACGUUUCAAAACGGUGGAAACGAAGUUCCUUUCAGGGUCUAUGCAAGUCCGCAUCAAUUAGAGAAGACGACUUAUGCGGGAGAAGUUGGAAAACAAGUUAUAGAAUAUUAUAUAAAAUAUUUUGAUAUACCCUAUCCAUUACCAAAAUUAGACAUGGUAGCGAUUCCCGAUUUUGUAUCCGGUGCUAUGGAACACUGGGGUCUCGUGACCUAUCGAGAAACCGCUCUUUUAUACAACAAUAAAACACAUUCGGCCAGUAACAAACAAAGAGUAGCGGAAGUAGUAGCUCACGAACUUGCACAUAGCUGGUUUGGAAAUCUAGUCACGAUGGAUUGGUGGAAUAAUUUAUGGCUAAACGAAGGUUUUGCAACGUACAUUGCCGAUAAAGGAAUCGAACACAUCACACCGGAAUGGCAAAUGAUGGACCAAUUCCUCAUCAACACACUUCAUUCAAUUUUGUCACUCGACGCAACACAAGGGUCCCAUCCAAUCAUUCAAACAGUUGAAACUCCUGAUCAAAUCACUGAAGUGUUUGAUUCUGUUUCGUACAACAAAGGUGCAUCGGUAUUAAGAAUGUUAGAGUCAGUUGUUACACCAGCCACGUUCCAAAAAGGCGUAACUAAUUAUUUAAAGAAACAUGCAUAUGGUAAUGCUGUUACACAAGACUUGUGGGAUGAGAUACAAGAUGUGGUGGGUGAUACAUUAAAUGUUACCGAAUUUAUGAAUACCUUUACCGUACAAAUGGGUUAUCCGAUAUUAGAAGCCAAAGUCGAGGGGAACACUUAUACGUUCACACAGAAACGGUUUUUGAAGGAUUAUGAGACUGCAAACACACAGAAAAGCUCACCUUUGAACUACAAGUGGAGCGUUCCGGUGAAAUUUAUUACAGAUUUGGGAGAAUCGGAUCAAAUCCAUUGGUUUAAUUACAAAUCGGAUAGAUUGGUAAUUGAAAAACCAAUUAAUGCUAAAUGGAUCAAAUUUAACCCAAGUCAGAUCGGUUAUUACCGCGUUAACUAUGCAGAAAACGAUUGGAGAACACUUAUUGAAAACAUAGAGUCAUUGUCAAUCGCCGAUCGAACUCAUUUACUUGAAGAGAGUUUCAGUAUAGCACAAUCGGGCGAUUUAAGCUACGAAAUUCCUUUAACUAUGACAAAAUAUCUAGUUAAUGAAACUAAUUACAUCCCUUGGGGAGUCGCCUCUUCACAGUUGCAACAAAUCGCCAAAUAUUUGCAAAAUUCAAGACUGGAUUCCGAUUUUAAGACUUAUGUCACCAAUUUGUUGAAACCAGCUUAUGAGAAAUUGACUUGGGACGAUAGUGAUGACAGUGAAGGCCAUUUGGAGAAGUUGGCACGAGUGGUUGUUUUGAAUCUUGCCUGUGUUAUGGAUUACGAUGAGGCCUUAAAUGAGGCUAAAAGUAUUUUUGCACAAUGGAUUGAUGAUAAUUCGUUUGAGAUUUCGCCCAAUUUGAGAGCGGUUGUUUAUAAAUUUGGGAUGGUGACGGCUGAUGAAAUUACGUGGAAUAAAGUUUUUGAUCUUUUUGCGAACGAGUCUGAUGCGAAUGAAAAACUUAAAUUAAUGAAUGGUUUAGCCAAUGUGCGAAAUCCCUCACUUUUGACCAAAUUUAUUGAUUUAGCCAAAGAUGAAACUUAUGUCAGAAGUCAAGAUUACUUCACUUUGUUACAAUAUAUUUCAGGAAAUCCUGUUGGGACUCCAAUUAUUUGGGAUUAUGUCCGUGAAAAUUGGCCCUAUUUAGUGGAUCGGUUUACCCUGAACGACCGAUACUUGGGACGGUUGAUUCCAGCUAUAACUAACCGAUUUUCAACUAAUCUGAAAGUUGAUGAGAUGAAAUCCUUCUUUGCUAAAUACCCAGAAGCCGGUGCUGGUGCUGCCGCACGACAACAAGCGUUGGAAACUGUCGCAAAUAAUAUCAAAUGGUUGGAGAAAUAUAAAGGUGUUGUUGAAGACUGGAUCAAAUAUAUUUAAUUGUGCUACAAGGAACCUGUUGUAAAUUGCUCAAACUGUAUAUUUUUUUAAGAUUGUAAAGAAAUAUACUUGAAAAAAAAAGA